UUCAUCGCAUUAUUAGUAUAAAAAAUUGCGUUUAAUUAAAAGAAUAUAAUACUAUUUAAUGGUAUACAUAAUCAAGAAAUUAAAACUAUAUGUGGUAAGGAAUUAUAAGAUGUUCAAUUUGUACCAGCAUUUGAAGGCUAACGCGGAAGGUAGAGACAAAGAGUCGGAGACUACAGGACACGAUAGAUUCUACCAGGAGCGCUCGAGGUCCAGUUACAGAAAGAAGAAGAAGAGAGUAGCGUGUCGCAGGGCGCAGUCGGCUGCGGAACUCAAUCCUCAAUCUAUAGCUGCAGCACAGAAGAGGAAUGCUUUCAAAAUGAGGUCCGUGUCUACUGAUAGAGAUGAGAGUGAAGAAGAGAACUCUGAGCGGACGCCGCUGGUUGCGCAGAAGAUUGACUCGCUUGCAAAACUGCUGUUCAACAAGUCGCUGAUCGGAGGCUCCGGCAAGUCCUCACCCUCUGAGCCUACUUCCUCCCCCAAGACAGUUGAGGCAUCGUUUGAGAGUUCUGUUGCACUGGCGAUAUGUUCGGAGUACCUCUCACAGACUUCUAGGUACGAAUUCAAAACUCAUCUAGGUGCGAUUGGGUCUCGACCGUACAAGCACUGGUUCAUUAUAUACGACAAC